GCCAAAAUUCCAUCCUAAUCUUUUUCAAAAAUUAUUUAUUUCUACAAACUUCCCCAAGGUGACAAUUUUGGAAACCUGUCAAAGGAUCGUAUAUUAUUAUUUAUUAUUAUUUUUUGUUAUUUCUCUCCAAGCUCAAUUCAAAUUCCGCUAAGCUAAAAUUGAGUUCGUCUACGAAGACUACGAUGAUCUUGAUUCUUGACUGGGGUUCACUGGGUUGACUCGUCUUCUGCAAUGAAGGGAGGAUGCUGUAAAAGUCAGAGACAACCUCUACGAUUCUGCAAUUGCCAUGGAGCCAAGUCUUUGUUUCUUCUUGAUUGCUCUCAUCUCCGCUUUCUUCCUCAUCACCUAUUCUUCGGCUUUACCUAUACUUGGAAUUCACCCGCUAGAUGAGAAGUACUAUGCCUCACAGGCGAUCAAGUGCAAGGAUGGGUCGAAGUUCUUUAACAAAGCCCGAAUCAAUGACAAUUUCUGUGACUGCAUUGAUGGAACGGAUGAGCCUGGAACAUCGGCUUGCCCUGCUGGAAAAUUUUAUUGUAAGAAUGUGGGAAGUACACCAAAGUUUUUGUUUUCUUCUCAAGUGAAUGACCAUUUUUGUGAUUGCUGCGAUGGGAGUGAUGAGUACAGUGGUAGCAUCAAUUGUCCCAACACAUGUGUCAUGGGUGGGGAUGUUGAAUACCAGACUAAAAGUCAUGUCUCAGCGAUCGGUGAAGUGGAUCCUAUUGAUGUGAAAGAAGCUAAGACUAAGCUUAAUUUAGAGGAUCAGAUUCAUAAACUUACAGGGUUGAAGAUAGUGAUAAUUCUACAGGUGGUUCUUAUUGGUUGCGUGCUGGGUUUUUGCCUCUUCCGUCGACGUGCCAGGUCUAGAAGGCGUUAUCGUUGAGAAAACCCACCUUGAGCUAUGAGGCUUCAAGUCUUACAUGCAGAUCAGCUGAUCUUCCAAGCCACUGCUUUUUUGAGUGCAACCAUUCUGAUUUCUUGUGGCAUGAUCCAAUCCGGAAUUGAUUUAGAAGCCGACUACAUUAGUUUUUAGAAACUUUUUAGAAACAGUACAUGAUCUGGCAAGGACCAGAACAACAUAUGUACAUUCUGCACCCCAGGAAACAAACUAUAUUAUUAGAGUUAUGGAUUGUCUAUUUGCAUUUGAGGAAUUCGAGAUGAUCUUUUAGUAAUGAAUUUCUGUCUUUGCCUUUCUGGUUC